CUUUCGAUGCAAAGGAAAAUACCUAUUGUUCUGUGGUAAGAGCAUGGUAAGACUUAAGAGUCAAGAGGGGUCAAGGUCAAGAGCAUAAGGUGUGAAUCAUAAAAAAAGUAAUAUUCUAAACAUUUUAAUGAAAAUGUUAUCUUUUCAUACAUUCGAAUAAAUAAACUGAGAGAGGUGCAAUCAAAUUACACAACUGAAUUAAGAAUAUAAACAGCAUUAUGCCUGUCCCAAGUGUAGAACAAAGAGUUACUGAACAAGAACCAAACCAAGCAUGCGCUGCAGGAGAGACUUCAGAUCCAUCCACUUCAGAAGAUAGAGGUCCUACUGUGAAUGACAUAGUAGUAAUAGAUCCAGAAUGUUUAGAGUUGGAUCUCAAUCAUGGUCGUAUUAAUAAACUGCAGAAUCUUGAAUCUUUGACCUGCAUAGAAAGGCUAUUUUUAAGAUGGAAUUUGAUUACCAAGAUUGAGAAUUUGGAUACUUUAACAACUCUAGUAGAACUUGAGCUGUAUGAUAAUCAAAUAACCAAAAUUGAAAAUCUUGAAAGUUUGGUUAAUUUAGAGAUACUGGACUUGUCUUUUAACAGGAUAAAAGAACUAGAAGGUUUAGAUAAUUUAAAAAACCUAAAAAAACUGUUUCUAUCUUCAAAUAAGAUACAAAAGAUUCAAAAUGUGAAUCAUCUGCAAAAUUUAAAUUUGUUAGAACUGGGAGACAACAAAAUAAGGGAAAUAGAAAAUUUAGAUGGUCUGUCAACACUACAAUAUCUGUACUUGGGUAAAAAUAAAAUAACUAAAAUCAAAAACUUAGAUACAUUGGUUAAUUUAACUUGCUUAAGUCUUCAGAGUAAUAGAUUGGCAACCAUAGAAAAUAUGAAUAACCUGAAAGAGCUAAAUGAGUUGUAUUUGUCAGAAAAUGGUAUUGAAAUUAUUCAAAAUUUGGAAGAAAAUAAAAAAUUGGAGACACUGGAUUUAGCACAAAAUAAAAUCAAACUGAUUGGUAAUGUCUCCCAUUUGGAAUUGCUACAAGAAUUUUGGUUAAACAACAAUGAAGUAUCAGAUUGGAAUACAGUUGAAAAUUUAUCAUCAUUGAAAAAUUUAGCCACUGUUUAUCUAGAGAAAAAUCCAAUAGCUGAGGAUGCAACGUAUAGGAGGAAGCUAAAAAUUAUUGCUCCUUCUCUAACCCAAAUCGAUGCAACUUUAUGUCGUUAAAUUUGGUUCUAAUUAAGGUUUAAAAUGUAAUUGUCAAAUAAUGUUAAAUUACUUUCAGUAUUUUUAAUUUUUAUACAAUAUGGAAACAGCCUUUUGUAUUAAGUUGAAUUGUUACAGACAUUAUUUUUUGAUCAAUGUGUAGCUAUUUAAAUUAUUUUGGACCAUGUUAUUUACAUUCUUUGAUGUGUUUAUUUCCUAGAUUAAUUUAAUUUUCAUUGCAGAUUGGAUUUCUAGAGAAUUAUUUUAAUAUUCUAAAAAAAUAGAAAAAUGCAUUUGUAUUUAUUAUUUAUCAUUUCAUAAUAUCGAACUAAUUUUUAAUAAAUAUAUUCCAUUAAUAUUAACAUAUUUUGCUGAAGUAGUAAGAUGUAUAGGUCGUAUAUUUGAUUUUUCGUUUUAGAAUCUGUAAUUUUUUUAUAUCAAAAAAUCAUUACUGCAGAAAAUAAUUUUUUUUUUUAGAUUUUGGACGUUGGAAGAAUUUUUUUUGUAUAGAUAUCCAUGUAAUAUAGAAAAAUGUUGUACGUUUUUGUGUAGUAUUAGCAGAUUUUCACCACACGAGUUUACAGCUACGCCUGGCGUUCAAUUUAGGACUGGUGGUACUUGUAUCUAAAUAUUUUGGUUAUUGUACCUUCUCAUUACAGCUGGUAUUACUUAACUUUUUAUAUGUUUAUUUUUAUAUUUGUCUCGUUCACAGAGCUUUUUUGAUUUAAUAUUCAGUGAAUCUUACAAAUUCCAGAAAAUGAAACAAAAUAACAUCAAUUUUACUUAUUCGCCUCAUCCUGGACCAGUAACUUAUAUUUCUUUAAAUAAAUACACAUGAUUAGAACUAAUGUCACCAUUUUAUACACUACAUCAAACCAUUAGACAGUAACUUAAAUAAAUAA